AUGGCGUCAAAAACCGAGGCGGAAGAGCCGCCUCAGCCGAAAUUCGAGCAUCCAGCCGCAGGACACGCGAAGAAGAAACGUCGCAGCGCAUACGCCAUUGAACCAAUCAAGGCAUUCUACGUCUUUCUUGUGGCGAAUCUCAUCGCCGCCGCCUUUGCGCCCAUCCAAGACUGCGACGAGACCUUCAACUACUGGGAACCGACGCACUACCUAUCACACGGAUACGGCCUGCAGACGUGGGAGUACUCGCCCGACUAUGCCAUUCGUAGCUGGCUCUAUGUUGCGCUUCAUGCGCUCGUCGGGAGCUUUCGCCGACUGCUGCCGCGUUCAAACAAGGUGGCCGAAUUCUACUUUGUCCGCUACGUCCUCGCCCUAGUCUGUGCCAUCUGCCAGGUCAUCCUCUACCAGGUUGCCAGCACGACUCUCAACGCCCGCAUCGGCCUCUUCUUCAUGAUUGCGACCAUAACGAGCCCCGGCAACUUUCACGCCGCCGCCGCAUACUUGCCCUCGAGCUUCGCCAUGUACAUGUGCAUGCUCGGCGCGGCUUCGUUUAUGAACUGGCGUGGCGGCCUCCGAACCUCGUAUGGCAUCUUCUGGUUCGCCGCUGGUGGCAUUCUUGGAUGGCCGUUUGCUGCCGCUCUCUGCGCGCCGUACAUGCUGGAGGAGGUCGUCUUUGCCUUCUUCAGCGACAAGGACGCCUUGAUUGACUACAUCAUCCGCGUCGCUCGAGGGGUAGUCGCAGGUUUGAUUCUUCUGUUUUUUGAUUUUUUGAUCAACCUCUUUUUUUACAAGAAGAUGGCUGUCGUCAGCUGGAACAUUGUCCGAUACAACAUCUUCUCAUCAACUGGCGGUCCCGAUUUGUACGGCACCGAGCCGUGGACGUUUUACUUUAAAAAUUUGGCGCUUAACUACAACAUUUGGUUCGUGCUGGCUCUGCUCGCAUUACCGUUGUUCAUUGUCCAGAAGGUUGUGUCGCCGUCUGGCCACGGCUUCCAAACUGGGUUACGCGCUAUUGUAUUCGUUGCGCCGUUCUACAUGUGGCUCGGCAUCUUUACGCUGCAGCCUCACAAGGAAGAGCGCUUCAUGUACCCAGUAUACCCCUUCCUAGCACUCAACGCGGCCAUGUCGUUGCACAUUAUUCUGGCUGGGCUUGGCAACGCCAGCAAGAAAUCGCUCAUUGGCAUGAUUCCGGCACGACUCAAGCUAUUGGCCGUCGUCAUUGUCAUGUUUCUGUCCCUCGACGCCAGCCUCUCGCGCAUCUACGGCAUCUACGAAGCAUACUCGGCCCCGCUCAAGGUGUACGGGCCACUCUGGGGGGACACGGAGGAGCCUGGGCUGGGCGGCGACAGCGACAAUGUAUGCUUCGGCAAGGAGUGGUACCGGUUCCCGUCGUCGUACUUUUUGCCGCGCGACAUGCACGCCAAGUUUAUCCCGUCCGAGUUUCGCGGGCUGCUGCCGGGGGAGUUUUCCGAGGCGGAGACGGGCUUCGGCUUCUGGAGCGGGACGUGGCUGCCCACCAAUGGGCUCAACGACCGCAACGAGGAGGACCCGGGCAAGUACGUGGACCUACGCAUGUGCUCAUUCCUAGUAGACACGCAGUAUCCGGCACGCACGGCCAGGGCGGCCCCGCCCCGCGAACCCGACUUUGUCGCUGAUACGUCGCGGUGGGACACGGUCAGCUGCGAGCGCUUCAUGGACGCGGAGAUGACGCCGCUGCUGGCGCGCAUCUUUUGGGUGCCGGACCUACCAGGCGUGCCAGCGACGCUGAAGCGGACGUGGGGACGACACUGCCUGUUGCAAAAGAGGAAACCUUCGGAACAGGGUAUGUGGGUAGAUCCUGGGGAGAUGAUGUUUGGCUGA